AUGAGUGAACAGACACCCCGAGGCUAUAGGCCUCUUGCACCUCGCACCAGACUCCUCGGUGGUAGCGGAGGGGAUGGAGGAGAGGGAGGGAGUCCUGCUGGCGGGAAUGCACCAGAAGAGAAACGUAUGAGACGAGCAUCGACCGCUUGUACAGAGUGUCAAAAACGCCGAACUAGGUGUACCGGCCCACCUCAUUGCACCGAAUGCUCAACCCACGCCCGCGAAUGUGUCUUCGAUGAAGCUGCCGACAGACGCCGGAAGGCCUCCGCCAAGCGAAUCCAGGACCAAUUGGACCAUUUCCGCUCAUUUGUGGACGAUCUCAUCGGGCUCAUUCGAGACAGUGAUGGCCCGACGGUGCAAUUAAUCGUCAACACCAUACGAUCGGGAGCAACCCCUGGAGAGAUUCGAGACACUCUCACUCGGAUCUUGGAAGAUCACCAUCAACCCACCCUUUCAGACAUGCGCGACUCACACUCACACCUGAACCUAAACAUUACUCCAAACAAUCACAUGGGCAAUUACUUCAACCCCCUCGUUGAUUGA